CUCCAGCGCAUGCGCAUUUCACACCUAUUUCUGUCACUAUCAUGGAAUAAGUCAAAUGUUACGUGGCAUUUAAAUGCAUUACAAAUGAAAUAUUAACACUAAUUCAGUGUAUUGACAUCUUCAGGAAAGCAAAAAUAUAUAUCAGAUAUCGGAAUAGCACAGCGUUCACAGCGGAUAUCAGUGUAAUUCGUGUCCCUUUGGCUUUCCAGAGACAUGUUUACAUCCCAGACCUCUUCCUUUCAGGAGUCCAUAGACGUGGAUGAAAGAGAUGCAGACUUCGACAGCGAAGAGAUCGCCGGAUACAGCCAGAAAAUACAACAGAUUAACAGCUACUAUGCCAUAUACUACUACCAGAGCACAAGAUCUGAGGCUUCUGGAGAGAGUGUGGCGUGGAGCCAGAGGAGAUCGGACUCAACCACAAGUCAGGAAGACUUUAGUCUCACACUACUGGAUGCCAGUUUGCCAUCGGAGGCAGAGCCUGAACUGCGAAGCUACAUCUCCCGCAGGCUGAGCAAGGGUGCUCUGCUGGGGGGUAUGGGUAACAUUGCCACCGUGGAGCUAAGCAUCCCUGAGCAAGCGGUGGGCUGUUACUGCUGUCUGCUGGAGCAGGAGAAAUCUCCAGAACAGCCUGAGGCUGAUGGCAACGGCUGGGUGGUGUGUCUUCUCGGAGGAUCAGAGAAAGGCCUGAAUCUCUUCAGAAUCGAGCUGGACAAGUAUGUUCAGGGUUUGCGAGGUUGUUUGACUCUAGAGAUGUUGAAUUUGGAGACGGAGGUCAGGCCCUACCUGAACCGCUGGUAUGAGGAGUCAGUUAUGCACAUCCACAGAGUGGUUCAGCUACUGCAGGCCAACAUUGGAUAUCUUCUGCAUGCUGCUUUGAGCCACAAGCUUGUAGAGGUUAUAGGAGGAGAUGAGAGGACAAAGGCAGAUACAGUGAGAUUCAUCAAAGCAGCAAGCUUGCAGGGUUUAGUCCAGGAAGACACCACUACAGCCUCUCUCUGCAAGGCCAUUUCAGAAGACUCUCACACUAACCUGAUCAUCAACUGCUCAACCAGUCCUCCAACACUAACCAAUGAAGUCAGUAACAAAUUCUGCGAUGACUGGAUCCAGGCUUUCCUCAAUGCUGCAGAGCGAUUUAACCCUUUCCUCCUCCGGCAGAUCCUGGAGAACUUCAAACUUAAGGCCAUCCAAGACAUGAACAACCUGAAGCGCUUCAUACGUCAGGCAGAGAUGAGCCACUACGCUCUGUUUCGCUGCUGUCUGUUCCUGCAGAGCUGUGGAAACGGCGACGUGCUGCUGCAAAACGCCCGAGCUGAACACAGCAGCCUUCCUGAGGCCUGCGGGAUCAUAACCGUCCUGGAGGAGUUCUUGAGUGAGCAGACACAGGCCUAAAAGCACUGACAUCUAAUCCCUCUCACACAAACUCACUCAACUACUGUAUCUGUGACACCUUGGACAUUGCUGAUCCUAAACUGCUAUAUUGACCUGCAUUCAGUAGAUUGCACUGUUGUUUACUUUAUAAAUGUUGGUCAGCUGAUAACAAAGCUUUCCUUAAAAAAAUAAAAAAAAAAAAAUAUAUAUAUAUAUAUAUAUAUAUAUAUAUAUAUAUAUAUAUAUAUAUAUAUAUAUAUAUAUAUAUAUAUACACACACACAAGUAAUAUAUAGUAAUAAUAAAUAACAAUGAAGAGAUAAAAAUUCCAUGAAGUACUUUAGAAUUUUUCUGAGUUAUGAAAAUUAUGUGAUCUAGAUACUCUAUCCAGUAAAGCAGCUCUAAAGCAGCUGUAUGUUUCUCCCUCACAGCUUCAAUGUGAUCCUGACUUCGACUCCCUAUAAUUAAUGCAGUGUAGUUAGCAUUUUGUGCAACUUCAACCAUCUUGAGUAGAAAACACUAAUCAUAGUCAAUUAACAUAGUUUAUGUUUUGAAGUUAAACAGAGAAAAAACAAACUUGCAACUAAUGAAGUCUACUGCUGCUGAUGAUGAUGUUGAUUUGGGGGAUUAAAAACUAAAUACUAAAUAAAUCCAGUUAAAAGGACCAAUGAAAAUGAAAUUAGAUUUAAUUUAAAUAUUUGUUUUUCUCUGUGUACAUACUAAGACAGCACUGUUGAUAUAUGACAGCGUGUUCUAGGAUAUAGUGUGUAGAUCUGUGUUGCUGUCAUUGUUUGAAGAUUUUUUAAAUAUGAAGUAGAUUAUUGAACGCAAGCUAAAAUCACAUCAUCACAAACUUUAUGCCAAUUAAUCGGUUGUCACCAUGCUGCAAAUGUGAGUAGAUUUUAGCAGGAAUGAGACAAUGACCUGCAUUUGCUGUUGUAUUUUUUGUGUGAUAAACUGGUUAAUUUGAAAUACUGCAUUGUUCUGAUUUUAUGAUAGCUUUGUCCUUGUUUGCUGUUUAACUUUUUUUUCGUACCAAAGACAGACGGAAUAAUCAUAAAUUCAAAUAUCAGAUGUGAAUAUAAUGAAACUAUAAAGUUGUAAAAACUAACAUACUUUAAGUGUGUUUGUGUGUGUUUGUGUGUGUGUGUGUGUGUGUGUGUGUGUAUAUUGAUCCAGCUGUAUAAUGGCAAUAAUGUGUAUAUUUAUCAUAAUGUGUGGUUUGCUUUCUUGGACAGAUUAGACAAGAUUGUACAGUCAAUAAUUUGUUCCUGAAACAUUUCAGUUAUGUGAACGUAAAAAUAAAAAUGUAAAAGUUCACUGAAAA